AUGGAGCAGACUUUUAUGACUAUCCACAACCUGUCGCCCGACGCCAACAUCCUCUUUGUUUCUGAGUCCAUCGUCGAUAUUCUAGGGUACCAGCCGCAAGCUGUACAAGGCAAAUCAUGCUUCGAUUACUUCCACCCGGACGAGGUCCCAUUCGCACGCUCCGUACAUAGUAGGGGCGUUCUCCUCGACAAAGCCGCAGUUUUACACUACGCCCGGAUUAUGUCGAGUAAUGGCCAAUGGGUAAGCUGCGAGUGUUGCUUUACGAUAGUUCACGAUGUUUUGGUGGCUUGCACUAGUAUCUAUAGACGUGGUGAAAGAAGUAAGAGACGAGCGAUAGAAGCGCCCCAUAUCCGGCGAAUAUUCUCAUCUUCGCCGAGAGACCCCCGAUAUCAUAUGCUUGAGCAUUUAUCACCAAAAUUUAGGAUGCAGCCUAUGGAGAGGGAGCCGCGUGCCGCUCUCAUACUCAACAGGUUUACUAGGACUUUGUCGGUGAUGUUCGCAACCAACGCCGUUUCUUCGAUUCUUGGCGUGAGACCGGAUCAAAUUAAGGAUAAAAGCUUCUACGAAUGCAUUGCAGAGAACUGCCUAGCCGACGCCAUUAAGUGCUUAGAAAGCGCUAAGGCUAACGACUCUAUUGCAUAUCUUCGCUUUUGGUAUCGUGAUCCCCGAAGAGAGGAAGAUUUUGAAGAUGAGGAUGACGAAGAUGAUGAAGAAGACGAAGAGGAAGACGAAGAAGACGACGAAGAGAUAGAUGAUGAACAAGAUGAUGAACUAUCUAAGGGUGACGAUGAGAAGUCAGAUGGCCACGUUCAUGCUGAAAAUGCUAUGGACGUUGACCUCGACGAAAGCUACGGCAUCAAGAUAAAGACCGAGGCUAGCGUUAGCCCAGAGCUCUCCAAAGCUGCCGUUUUCACUAAUGGAGAACAUGAAGCCUUUACUCGGUCAUAUCAAACUUCAGAAGUAAGCUGUCACCAUAUUCCAAAUUCAGCUAUGCGGGCAAAUGGGCGACGGAGGAGGAACCGAAAUCCAAUUCCUACGUUUGAGCUCGAAGCUGUUGUGUCAUGCACCUCGGACGGUCUUGUGGUUGUGCUGAGAAAAGCUCGACCACCAAUCCCUUCUCUCCAUCCACCUUUACUUCCUAUCGAUUUUGAGAAUGGUCUCUUUGCUGCGCCUUGGAGCGAGCAACCCAUUCGACCUUAUUACCCCCCAGAAUAUUUCUACACGUUCCGGCCGCCCCUUCUGCCACAAUACAUGCCUCUACGGGAGCACGUAAAGGCAGCGGGAGGGCCGCCAGUUGAACAGCUUAUGAAGUCGAUCCGAGACGUGGCCGUAUUUGCAUGGGCGCUUGUAGGGAUCAACGGGAAUUAUGCAGCGUAUGGCCGCGGAGUACCAAGAGAGAGCUCUCAACCCCAUGACGAAUUACCAACGUCGGAUUCCACAGCACCAAUGCCGCCGCAUAUUGGCUUCGAAUCGCAACCAUCCCAACAUUGGGGAGGUCGUUCUCCGCCCGAGGGUCGUCUGAUUGAAUCAAAUAUGCCCUCGGACGGAGGUUACAUGUCUGGCUUUAAUGCCGAGGAGUCCUGGUUACUCAAGUCUACCGGCGUGGCCGCGCCCAAGGCCGUACACGCCUGGGAUUGA